AUGGGUGCCGGGCUAGUACAGAGCCGACCGCGCUCGCGAUCACUGCAGAGCUCCCAUACCCACACGAGUGGCUCGUCGGCCGCCACCAGCGCAUCGACGCGUGAGAACGCCGGCGGCUCUGAGCGGCGCAUCUCGUCCAAGACACGCGUGGAUGGUGGAUUCGUCGUACGGCAGGGACUGUACAAGGACAAGACGGACUAUGCGGAUAUGCAGGUGCGGCAGUGGAUUGUCGAGCGCCGGCUGAGCCCGUUUUUUGCCGGCGCGGAUGAUGAGGAAGAGCUAGAAGGGGCGCAAGUCCGGUCCGAGUGUCCUAUUUGCUUUCUCUUCUAUCCCAUGCAUCUGAACCAAACGCGGUGCUGCACACAGCCGAUCUGCACCGAGUGCUUUGUGCAGAUUCAGCGCGUCGAUCCCUCUACAAGAGUGCCGCCGUCGUCUCAGCCGGCUGCGUGUCCGUUCUGCGUCGAGCCGAACUUUGGGGUGGUGUAUGCACGAGACGCACCCAGCGUGGAUGCACAAGCGGCGAUUGAGCAUGCCGCCAAAGCGAUCGGCACCGGUGGCAACACCACUGACACGAAACGGGCAUCGUUUCCUGCGGACCAUGAGGCAGUCGUGCUGGUCGAUCACGUUCAUCCGCACUGGCACGACAAACUCGAUCGUGCCGUGCGCAACGCUGCGCGCCAGGCGAAUCGCCGCGUGAUCUUACGCGAGGAGGGCGGCUCCCUCGUGCCUGUGGGUGUCUCCUCCUCUCGAACGGGCGAUGCCCUCGCAACGUUUGUGGCGCAGCAUCGACAUAUUGGGCGUCCAGGGCCGGGGGGCAGCAUCAUCUUGCACAGCCAUGUCAUGCAUACUGAGCUGCAGCGAUAUGCGCACUCGUCGCUCGCUCGCCGCGAUCCUAAUCGCCCUCAGGUAGGCGAUCAGAUGGCCCGCACGCUCGCUGCUCUCUCGCCCGAGGAGCUGGAAGAGCUUAUGCUGCGCGAGACGCUGCGGAUCAGCCAGCUCGAGCAUCAGGGCACUGCCCCGCCGGAGCCGAGUCAGGAAGAGCCACGCCCCGAGCGCGCGUCGCGCCGACGAUCGCUGCUGCCCACGAAACUAGCCCAAGCGUCGCCGUUUCGCUUCAAGCGCCGCAACAGUGCAUCGUCGUCUUCUCAGCCCCGUGCGUCGUUCGAUCGAGCGCCCGGUGACCCUGCAGCCACGGCUGCUGCUGCACCUAGUACACCGCGCGGCUCUCCUGAAAGGCCGAUAAGGAGCUCGCCGUUGCGCCUGUCUCACACCUGUCGUGCGUCUUUGGAUACCCCGCGCUCAUCACCUUGGGCCGAGCGUGCGAUUCAGCAGGGCGUGUCACGGGCGUCGAUGUCUUCCGUCCCAGAUAGCCGUCGGCACUCCUUGCAGCUCUCGCCGGCUCUGCGUGAUCUCGAGGGUCUAGCGUUGGUGCCGGACGGCCCUGCGGCCCCGCGUUCGUCCACCAAUCCGUUUCGCACCGUGCCUCCGUCGCUCCGUAGAUAG